AUGUCGCCUCGACGAAACCGCUCGACGUCCAAUAGACUGCAUUCACCGGUCGUCACCUUGCAGCAACCUGCAAGACCGACAUCGGGCAUGAUGUCCGAUGCCACCUACGCAAACAACAUGAAGGUCCUACGCCGGAGAGACCCAUCCAUUGUCAAGAUCGCUGACGCGUUCAGCCAUGUCUGCGUGUAUCACCAUAAUGGUAGCAAGUGGGAGAAGCAGGGGUUCGAAGGCAUUCGCGCGGGGGUGUGGUCGCUCAAUGAGCACAGGCAGUCGUAUCCUCCAUACGGCAUCUACAUCAUGAACCGCAUGGGGACGGACGACUACGUGCGCCAGAUACACCCCGAAGACGAUAUGGAUGUUAUGGGGGAAUAUCUUAUGUGGCGCUUUUAUCCGAAGUGGACACAGAUGCGCAUCGCUAUGGGAUUGCCGUACCCCGUUCCGCCAGAACAGCGUGCGAUACUCGAUGCCGCGGUGCUCAGACAGAUGACCCCGGAGGAGGUUGCGAUGUCGCAGCAGGCGCAAAGGAAGGAAUGGCGAGGACCAUCGACGACGAUCGGCUUGUGGAUGUUCCAAACAGACGCGCGGGAGCCGCUGAAAUAUGUGAUGAUGCGAUUAUUCUCGUAUAUCAAGAAUGGCAAGCCAUAUCCGGAGGAGUUCCACUACGGCCCUGGCCGCUUGCCACCCCCCAACCCGCACCUACGAACAGCUAGUCGUGCUUCCGUAACGCACAAUGCAGCCGAAGCGGCUAGCAGGCCAUCUUCGGUUUCUCAACAGCCCACUUCAAGAAGCGCUAGCAGAGCACAGCAACACAACAUCACAAACAGUGGGAUGGCACCUAAUGCAACCGUAUCAGAGGUAGACAAGCUAUUCGCGAAGCUUCUACCUUCAGUCCCCUCAACGCCUGUAGCGGCAGAGGUUCAGUCCAAACCCAAUGGAUCUACUUCGUCAAUAUCUGUACACGACCUAUUUGCUUCCAUGACGGGCCCUCAGCCCGUCCAACAGCUGCAGCCCCCACCUGCGCCACCAGCAAGUCGCGGACUUGCUCUCUUGGAUUCCAUAUUUGCCUCUGCUUCGGGGUCUGGCUCAACGUUCAAUGCGUCACUCAUGGCGCCUUCGACAUUGCUCUCCUCUAACCCCGAAGAUAUCGAGAUCGUCUCUCCAAAACCAAAAUCAAGCGCAUUACCACAUAUCUUGAGCCAAGACGUCAUCUCCACGCUACUCGGUCUCGGUUCCGACUCUCGAGCGUCGAGUGCGGCCCCGAGUUCCGUUGGCUCGCGGCGAUCAGGGCAGCGCCGCUAUGAAGGCGACAACGAGUUCAGCGAGGGUGAGUUUGCGUCCGCGUCCGAAUCGGAAUACUCCGCGUCUAGCACGGUGCUCGACGCGGAUCUGGACCCUGCGGUACUCGCAGCAGGCUCGUCCUCAGGGCUACCCCUUCUCGCUGUACAGCAUUCAGCCUCGAUGUCCGGCUCAAGUUCCAGAACGGUCGAAGGCGACGUGACUCCGCGUGCGGUAGCACGCGGUAUAGGCCCGUUUUCACCUCCCCUCCAACCGCACGGGUCCACGCCUCGUGCUGGGGGCCAGCAGUAUCUCACACCCACAUCUUCGACUGCACACGUCACACCCAUCCCGGAGUCGCAAACACCGAAUGGCAGCGGAACCCAGCCUUCCGCGACGAACGCAGACGGGACCAGCAGCGCGAUACGCCCGCGGACUCUCGUCCCGUUCGAAGCGGACUCGGACCUGUGGCCGUACCCCCGUGCGCCGCUAGACGACCGCGCGCUGGAACAAGGCGACGCAGACGUGGUGGAGCUCGACUUCACGGACACGCGCGCACUGAGCGACCCCGCGCUGUUCUCGAGCCGGCUGAAGGAGAAGCAGAGUCGCGUGGGGGGCAAGAAGAAGACGCGCAAAGAACGCGCCGCGGACCGGGAGAAGGAGCGCCGAGAGAUCGAGGAUAGCUGGGACGACCCAGUGCGUGGACAGAUGCAGACUAUGAGUGCACUUCAGCAGCCCGUUGCAUCUGCGAGUGCACCUACCGUCAACGGUACUGGCAAGGGAAAGCAAGCAGCGUCGAAAGCAACAAACGGCGACGGCUCGCACGGCGUGAAUGGUCUGCAUGCGCAUGCUGCACGAGACGCAAUUGUGUCCUCUAUGUCCUCCCAGCUCAACCAGCCACUGACGGAUAUGCCUCGCAAUGACUUUGUCCGUGAGCUGCUCACAUUAAUUCACCUGUGGCACGACUACCUCAGUCGUGUGGGAUAG